CCGAACACAGAAGACUUUUGAACACACAGCAAAAACUCACAGUAGACUUUCUCUCUCUGUUCCCUAAAUUGUGUCGUUCUCUCUCUAGUUUCCGAAGCCGCCGACUUGAGAAACAUCAACUCUCCGGCGUUUUUAGCUUCCUUUAAUUGAUUAUAUUCAGUCACCCUUCCUCAAAUUCAGGCUUCUGUAUCAUAUUUUUGCAUCGAACGUGGCAUUUGGACAUUAAAGUAGCUAUACAGCUUUUUGAUAAGAUACAGAGCCAUGACCUGAAAAUCACUUAUAUUUGUCCAGAAAAUUUUUUUUAGUCCAAAACCCAUUUCAUUAAAUUUAUAAAAUUUUCUGAUUUUCUUCGACCAGUGGUUAGAGAUAAGCCGAUUUUGCAUAAUUUUUCUCGAGUAUAAAUGCCUGUCAGAUAUUUGUCAGUUUGACUCUCAGAAAUGCUUGCUGAUUUAGAUAAUUCUUCUACUGUUAAUGACUUCACAGCUUCUGGAGAUUCCUCUUCAGGUAAUCAAAUAGCUCCUUCUAAACCAAGUGUCAAGAAAAAGCGAAAUCUCCCCGGGAUGCCAGAUCCUGAUGCGGAGGUGAUUGCUUUAUCACCGAAGACUUUAUUGGCAACGAAUCGAUUUGUUUGUGAAAUUUGCAAUAAAGGGUUUCAGAGAGACCAGAAUUUGCAGCUUCACAGGAGGGGUCACAAUUUACCUUGGAAGCUGAAGCAGAGGUCGAGUAAAGAACCAAAGAAAAGAGUCUAUGUAUGCCCUGAGCUGAGUUGCGUUCACCACGACCCAUCACGGGCAUUGGGCGAUUUGACGGGGAUCAAAAAACAUUUCUGCAGAAAACAUGGAGAGAAGAAGUGGAAAUGUGAAAAGUGCUCAAAGAAAUAUGCGGUUCAAUCGGAUUGGAAGGCCCAUUUGAAGAUUUGUGGAACUAAAGAGUAUAAAUGUGAUUGUGGGACUUUGUUUUCGAGGAGGGACAGUUUUAUCACCCAUAGGGCCUUUUGUGAUGCAUUGGCAGAGGAGAGUGCAAAAAGGCGUACAGCAAUUGCACCUCCUUGUGCUGAUGAGGAACCGAAUAUUCAAGCCGUUGAAUCAUCACCAUCAUUGCCACCACCUGCGGUGGCACCACCACCACAGGCUCCAGCACCACCUGUUCCUCCUUCAACUGGGGUAGUGUCCUCUGUUUUGACUGUCCAGAAUCCAGAGUUGGUCGAAAGCAGCAAUCCCAGUCCCACUACCCCACAGAUUCUGGAGGAGAGCCUGACCCCGGCCUCGACAGUCACCAGCCUAACCACAAGCUUUAGCAGCGCCAGCAGUUCUAGCAGCAGUGGAAGUACAAGUAGUAACGCGUUUGCCAGCUUAUUUGCUUCAUCCACAGCCUCAGGAAGUUUGCAGUCUCAAACAACUGGAUUCACCAACUUAUUUCAAGUUAUGGCUCGCCCCGAGCAGGCAGCCAAUGUUGCACCAUCUUCUUCCGCAGAACCCGUGUCCCUCUGCCUCGCGACGAAUCAUGGGUCUUCAAUUUUUGGAACAGCAGGGCAAGAGCGCAGGCAGUAUGCUCCUGCACUUCAACCUGCUGCCAUGUCUGCAACAGCAUUGCUACAAAAGGCUGCAGAGAUGGGUGCAGCUGCGUCAAAUGCAUCAUUGUUGAGGGGGCUUGGAUUUGUAUCUUCUUCCUCGCCCUGUAGUGGUCUGCAGGAAUGGAGCGCGCGACAAAUUGAGCCGGAGGGUCCACCAUUGGCUGCUGGUCUUGGAUUAGGAUUGACCUGUGAUGGGGGGUCUAGUUUGAAGGAAUUGAUGUUGGGGACUCCAUCUGCUUUUGGCCCUAAACACACCACCCUUGACCUCCUUGGAUUAGGAAUGGCAGCUAGUGGCGGCCAAACUGGUGGGCUAUCAGCAUUAAUGACGUCCAUCAAUAAUGGCCUAGAUGUUGCCGCGGCAUUUGGUGGCGGAGAAUUUGGUGGCAAACACAUGGAGUAGGGCAACUGGACUCCCGAACGAAUCAUCCACUUACGUUUCACCCAAGCUUUACCCCGUUCAAGUUACGACGAAUCGAUGUGCAUGGGCACGAGGCUUCAACUAAAUUAAUGUUUUGGAUAGCAACAUUUGUUAUACCAUGCUAUUAGUGUAGAGAAAUGUACUUAUCAAUGGAGUCACAGGAGUCGUUGAACCUCUUCAAUGCGGUCUGCCAUAUUUGCCAGUAAGGGCCAACUGGACUUGUUGUAGUGUAUCAGUACUUGAUCUUGUUCUGCUCAUAAUUAUAAUAUGAAAUACCUGAUUAAGAUACAUAAAUCCCUUAUAAUGGCCAAUGAUAGAUGGAAUCGGCAUCGACGCUAAUAUAUCGAUAUGUUUCCAACUGAUUUAAGUGCGAAGUGGAGGUAUGGCAGUGCUCGUCUUGUCCUAAAGAUUUGAGCAAUAAAAAUAGAAGACUCGCUAGUCUACGUGUCCUUUAGGUUCGACUUAGCUAUGUAUGUCACUGCAUUUUUCGCUUCACAUACUCUGGACUCGGUGUAAUUGUAUACUUGAAUGGAGUAGCUUCUAUGGCUCUC